AUGUUGGCUCCCAAACGCAUGAGGACAUUCAUAAAAUAUGCGCAGGAUCGCUGGCUGACUUCAGAAACUGGAGCUUCAAAUGAAUGUCUGCACUAUUACUUUCCUCAAGUCCUCUUUGACCCUUUGCUUGCACUGGUAAGAUCAGUGCGGCGACACGUAAAAGUUGUACUUAAUUCCACAGGCAUUCCCACUUUUUACUUGGACUCAAGCAGGGAUUCUCCUCUAAGAGUUACUUCCACAGUAGGAACAAAACUCAUUCAACCCUGCGGCAAUUCCUCUGUGAAUUCCGCUUGUCCUUUUUGCGGGCGGCUCCCAGAUCGCACGCAUACGAAUGAGUAUAUAAUGUGGCCAUCCUUAGAAGAAUCUUUGGAUACAGGCGAGCAUGGGACUAUGGAGUUCUUAUAUACAGGGACUCUUGAAGCCAAGCGGCAUAAACAGCUGAAAAGUGAUCAAAACUCUAUUGGUUUAGUGAACACAGAAGAGAACUCACAUGGCGAAUAUCGAUCUGGUGAAUCAUUGCUCGCGCCUACAGACGGCAAUAUUGGAAUUUUAGAUGCAUACGUUCGUGUUUACCGAGACGAGAGAAAAUACGCGAGCAAAUUGUUCUUGGAUGUCGACGCCUGUGCGGAUGAAGGCCUGGACUCGAAAGAAAAAGGUAAACUGACUCCAGAAUGGCUUUUGAAAGAGUGA